AACUAUUACCAUCAAGUGUCGGGGGAAUGACGGCUCUGCUGCUGCUGCUGCUGCUGCCGUCGGUGCAGCGGAGGAGAGAAAGCAUCUUUGUCUGUACGUAGAAGCUGUGGGCUUCCCUGUCUGCCUCCAUCGACACUGCAACAUCUCAAGAUAAGAAGACUAUCCUUUCUGAAGACAGAGGUCGCAAAUUCAUCUGCCGCAUUAAUCUUAGCUCAAUUUAGGAUUUUCUUCCAUCCCUCCCACCCUCCUCUCUGUCUGUUGUGUUUGCUUUUUGCCUGGCUGGAAUAAUUAAACCCUCCCUGUAUCCAUGUGUCGGAUCGCUGGAUGAUGAACAGGAUGGUGGGGCGCUGAAGAGAAUGGAGUCUGGACCCAGGUUGUGUCCCUAGCUAACCCAUGGAGAACUGACAAGAACAGUGCUGGAUGGAGGCCAAGACACUAGAUGGCGAAGACGAGGAAGCACACAGUUUUGUGGAUCAGUUGUGUUGCUUGUUAUCUUUCUCAGCUGUUCCAAAGUAGAUCCAAACUAUUGUGCAUUGUGUCUCAGUUGUUCAUUUUGUCACAUGUUGCCAAUGGAAAGAUAGCAAAAAGAAUCAGGAUAGACACUCAAGUCUAAAGAAAAUAGUUGUGAAAAAACUUUAUGCUGAUUUAAAACAAUUAUAGACACUUGAAAACAUUUUCUCACACCUGUAUAUAUACACACAUAUAUAUAUAUAAAUAAAUAAAUAGGGAGCAUUAGUAGUACAAUAGUAGAUAGUAACCAUCAUGGGCAGGUGUAAAAGCAAGACUUCCUGGUUAUUGUUGUUAGUGGGAUUGGUGCUUACAGGAAUAGCUUUGGAAUAUGAGGGGGUUCCUGGUCAGUGGACACGCUAUGGCCAGUGGGACACUAAAACAACAGGUGAGCUCAGUUUUAUUUUGAAAACCAACAUCAGCAAAGCCUUGGUGCUCUAUCUUGACGACGGGGGCAACUGCGACUUCCUGGAGCUUCUAAUUGAAGAAGGGAGACUGCAAAUGCGCUUCACCAUCCAUUGCGCAGAACCAGCAACCCUGCACACCGAGACCAAUAUCAAUGAUCAGCGCUGGCACAGAGUCCUUCUCUCCCGCAAUUACAGAGAAACCAGACUGGUGGUGGACAACGAGGAGAAAGUGGCUGAGGUGAAGUCAAAAAGAAAAGAGAUGGUUGUGGCCAGUGACCUCUACGUAGGCGGGAUUUCACCUGAUGUGCGUCUCUCAGCACUGACUUCAAGCACUGUCAAAUAUGAGCCACCAUUCCAGGGUUUCAUAGCCAAUUUGAAACUGGGGGAGGCACUACCGAUACUGUUGGAUGGUCAAGCUGUUCAUAAUGAUUUGGAGUACAUAUGUGGCACACACUCUCCCUGCAGCAACAACGGGCUGUGCUCUGUGAACGAAGGAGAGGUCCUCUGCGACUGUAUCAAUACCAGCUACAGGGGCAGAUACUGCCAUGAGGCUGUCCAGAAAGAAGCUGAAGGUCUGGCGCACCUGAUGUUAAACCGCCAAGUUUUACGGCAAGGGCAGCAGAAGGAGUCAGUGGCUACCUUCAGAGGUAAUGAGUUCUUCAGCUACAACCUGUCCCAAACUCCCAUUCAGAGUAGUUUGGACGAGAUCACGCUGUCCUUCCGUACCCUGCAGAGGAAUGGCCUACUGCUUCACACAGGGAAGUCAGCUGAUUACGUCAACCUGUCACUGAGGAAUGGAGCUCUGUGGCUGGUCAUCAACCUGGGCUCUGGUGCUUUUGAAGCCCUGGUGGAACCUGCUAGCGGGAAGUUAAAUGAUGAUGCCUGGCAUGAUGUGCGAGUGACACGAAACCUCCGUCAGGUAACAAUCUUGGUGGAUGGGAUUCUCACCACCACGGGCUAUACUCAGGAGGACUACACCAUGCUGGGCUCUGAUGAUCUCUUCUACAUAGGAGGCAGCCUCAACACAGCUGACCUGCCAGGCUCCCCAGUCAGUAACAACUUCAUGGGUUGUCUGAAAGAUGUGGUCUACAAGAAUAAUGAGUUUAGAUUGGAGCUGUCACAGCUGGCUGAACAGCAAGACCCUAAGAUCAGUAUCCAUGGUGACUUGAUAUUCAGCUGUGAGAAUGUGGAAGCCCUGGAGCCGGUCACCUUCGACACGCCAUCUGCGUAUUUGACAUUGCCCAGGUGGAAUACAAAGAAGACGGGCGCCAUAUCUUUUGACUUCCGCACCACAGAGCCCAGUGGCCUGCUGCUGUUCAGCCAUGGCAGUUUGCAUGGCAUGCAACCUGAUAGGAAGCCCCGGGCGGAUUUCUUUGCCAUAGAGCUGCUGGAUGGAUUUCUUUACCUGGUCAUGGAUAUGGGCUCUGGCAGCAUCAAGAUCAAAGCCAGUAACAAGCGGCUGGAUGAUGGCGAGUGGUGCCACGUGGAUUUCCAGAGGAAAGGACGCAAUGGCUUCCUCUCUGUCAACAGCCAGAGCAUCCCCUUUUCUGCUAAUGAAGGUAGUGAGAUCCUUGACCUAGAUAGCAACAUGUAUCUUGGAGGUUUACCUGAGGAUCGGCAAGCCCUCAUGCUUCCCCCAGAGGUGUGGACAGCCUCCCUCGGCCUCGGCUACGUGGGCUGUGUGAGGGACCUUUUCAUUGACGGACAGAGCCGGAAUCUAUGGAGGCUGGCAGAGGUUCAAAGCGCCACAGGUAUCAGCAGCUUCUGCACCAGAGAGACUCAUGUCAGGUGUGCCAGAGACACAUGCUUCAAUGGUGGAUACUGCAGGGAGGGCUGGAACCGCCACAUUUGUGACUGCAACAGCACUGGCUACAUAGGCCCAAACUGUAACAAAGAGGCCACCAUGGUGAGCUAUGAUGGCAGCAUGUAUCUGAAGGUGCUGCUGCCAAGGACGCUCCACACAGAGGCAGAGGAUGUGUCCCUGCGUUUUAUGUCCCAGAGGGCCUUUGGGCUGCUGAUGGCCACCACCUCUCAGCAGUCAGCGGACACCCUCCGUUUGGAGCUGGAUGGCGGCAGAGUGAAACUCACUGUGAACCUGGAUUGUAUCAGGAUAGACUGUAAUCUCAGCAAGGGACCAGAGGUGCUCCUGGUAGGCGAGAAGCUGAAUGACAAUGAGUGGCACGCAGUGAAGGUGGUGCGGCGUGGGAAGAACUUGCAGCUGUCUGUAGACAAUGUAACUGUGGAAGGCCACAUGACUGGUGCCCACACACGCCUCGAGUUCAACAACAUCGAGACAGGGAUCAUGACAGAGCGUAGAUUUAUCUCUGUGAUGCCUUCCAAUUUCAUCGGCCAUCUGCAGGGUCUGUCCUUCAACAGCAUGCUCUAUCUGGACCAGUGCAAGAAUGGAGACAUCUCCUACUGCGAGCUUAAUGCCCGAUUUGGCAUGAGGAACAUUGUUGCCAAUCCUGUAACUUUCCUAACUCAAGCCAGCUACUUGGCCUUCUCCACUUUGCAGGCCUAUGCUUCUAUGCACCUUUUCUUCCAGUUCAAGACUACUAGUCCAGACGGCCUGAUACUUUACAACUCUGGAGAUGGUAGUGACUUCAUUGUAGUGGAGCUGGUCAAAGGGUACAUUCAUUAUGUCUUUGACUUGGGAAAUGGGCCAUCACUAAUGAAGGGUAACUCAGACAAGCCCCUCAAUGACAACCAAUGGCACAAUGUGGUGAUCUCCCGUGACAACAACAAUGUGCACGUCCUCAAGAUUGAUGCCCGCACUGUUACCCAGCAUGCCAAUGGAGCCCGCAACCUGGAUUUAAAAGGGGAGCUGUACAUUGGAGGUGUUGGAAAGAGCAUGUACAGCAGUCUCCCCAGGUUAAUAGCAUCCAGAGAGGGAUACAAGGGCUGCCUUGCAUCUGUGGAUUUGAAUGGACGACUCCCUGACCUGCUAGCAGACGCCCUUCACAAGGUUGGGGAGGUGGAGCGCAGCUGUGGAGGUCCAAGCACCACCUGCACAGAGGACUCCUGCUACCACCAAGGAGUGUGUCUGCAGCUGUGGGAGGGCUUCUCCUGUGACUGCACCAUGACCACCUAUGGGGGACCUUUCUGCAGUGACCCUGGAACCACCUAUAUCUUUGGGAAAGGAGGGGCUCUAAUCACAUUCACCUGGGCCCCCAAUGAGCGGCCGAGCACCCGAGCUGACCGGUUAGCAGUGGGCUUCAGCACUCAGCAGAAGGAUGCCAUCUUAGUGCGAGUGGAGAGCACCAGUGGGCUCGGGGACUAUCUACAGCUGCACAUAGACCAAGGAAGGAUUGGUGUCAUCUUCAAUGUGGGCACAGAUGACAUCACCAUCGAUGAGCCCACUGUCAUGGUAAACGAUGGCAAGUACCAUGUUGUACGCUUCACACGCAGUGGUGGUAAUGCCACUCUCCAGGUGGACAACCAUCCAGUCAUUGAGCGUUAUCCAUCAGGACACUAUGAUAAUGAACGACUGGCUAUUGCUAGACAAAGAAUCCCAUACAGACUUGGUCGGGUAGUUGACGAGUGGCUACUCGAUAAAGGGAGACAGUUGACCAUCUUUAAUAGCCAGGCAGCAAUUAAAAUUGGCGGCCAUGACAAGGGUCGGCCCUUCCAGGGUCAGAUUUCUGGGCUCUACUACAAUGGCCUGCAGGUGCUUAAAUUGGCUGCAGAAAAUGAUCCCAGUGUACAGGUGGAGGGUAACCUGCGUCUGGUUGGAGACUCCCUGUCUGUGCUGACCACUGACACCACUUCUGCCACCCCGCUGGCGGUGUCUGAUAUGUCGACCACAAUCAUGGAAACCACCACCACUAUGGCUACUACUACCACCCGGAGGCAGCGGUCACCCAGCUUGAGGGAGAGCAUCUCGAAGCCCCAGAACUCUGAUGAUAUUUUGGUGGCAUCUGCUGAGUGUCCAAGUGAUGAUGAGGACCUGGAAGAGUGUGAACCAGGAACAGGAGGUGAAUUAGUGUUACCUAUUAUAACAGUGGAUUCCCUUGAGCCCCCGUCUAUCGCCACCCGUUACCCUGUCAUCCCUCCUCCUCCUACCCUCCUAUCCCCACUUGAAACCACCAAAGAGUCCUUGAUACUCCCUCCUCACCCUUCCUGCCCCCCGGACCAGGAGGACUGUGGUGACCCUGUGGAGGUCUCAGCCUUCGGCUCUGGGGAGAUGACGGAAUCUGAUGAUGAGGACUUUUACAAUAAGAACUCUCCCAUGGUCACUGACAGGACAGUCCUUCCUCCACCUCCCGCUGUUGCCGGUGAGGGUGGAGUCCAGAAACCCCGACCCAUACCUCCUUUUGUUCCCACCACCAACCCUGACCAGCUCCACAUUCCUGCAGGCAAAAUGAACACCCGUGACCAGGUGCUUCUGCCCCCUGCUCCUCCUUCCUCCAGAAACACACCAGGACUAACUUACCCACCCAAUUUUCCCCAUGUGCCCACAGCCAGCCCCACAGCCUCUGAUGAAAAGAGCCAACCCGGUGCCGUGGAGGUGAUCAGAGAGUCCAGUAGCACCACGGGGAUGGUGGUCGGUAUAGUGGCUGCUGCAGCUCUCUGCAUUCUUAUCCUCCUCUAUGCCAUGUACAAGUACCGGAACCGGGACGAAGGCUCCUACCAGACCGACCAGAGUCACAAUUUUGCCAACAGUUCCACUGUGGAGGGCAAUGGAGCAGUGGUCAAAGACAAAAGCACAGCAACUGCCUCUGUGGCAAAGGCAAUCACAAAGGGCAAAAAGAACAAAGACAAAGAAUACUACGUCUGAGAAACUGAGAAGGAGAGCGGGAAAGUUCAGACUGAGACAAAAGGAUGAGACAGGAUGCUUUUGUUUUGUGCCCCUUUGUCAGGUCAACUAUCGGAGACAUUUCCGUAAAAGAAAAGAAAAAAAACAACAACGCGCAAGCAAUUGUAUCUUGCUUUUACAUUUUUCUCAAGUCAAGUUUGCCCAGCUCCUGUUAGUGAUGACUUCUUCUUAUCUACAGCACAAGAUCGGACUCAUCCUCCGUGUCACAGUGUGCACUCAGUCAGCAGUCACCAAUUCUUUGUUAGUGUACCAUUUUUUAUGUUUUUAACAAGCUAGGAGGAAACAUAUUCACUUUGGCUUUGUAUAUAGCAUGGAUAUGGUACAGUGAGUGCUGAGAACAUGCAGUUUCUUUGUACUUCUUUGUAAUGCUCUAUCUCAAGUCUCAAUGUUCCCAUUAUGAUGUAUGAAGCGCAACUGGCCAGUUAUUAAUUUUUUAUGGUAGAUGGGCAGAAAUCAUCCCAGUCAUUCCUUUAACAGAAAGCCUUUAUUUUGGUAAGGUGUCAUCUCUGUAGGCUCCGUUUUAUUUUAUUAGGUUUUAAACUCCCUAUACACAUACACCGCUGUCCAUGAGAGAUGAAAUUAUAUUGCUGAUGUAUAAUUAUUGAAGCAAGUUCUCCUGAGGGAAAAUAUAGUAUUUUAAAGUGAUUAUCAUUCAAUCAAUCACAUGCCGAUCAAUGAAACGUAUAGUAUGCUGGAUCACAAGCAUUAUUUAUGUGAGUCUUCACAGUCAUUGUGCCAUGCCAUUCCAAAGUAGGGAUAAUUGUGAACAAGUCAGUCUACUUCAGUGAAGGUGUUUCUCUGUAAACCCUGCUUGUAUGUACAUAUAGAGCUUAAACUGAAAAAGCAUUGUGUGAGCAGGGAAGUUAUAAAGACUAAAAAUCAUCUGAGACAGCUAUCCCUAACAGCUUUCUCAAGAACAUCAAAACUGUUCCAGUACAAACUUGACAGGAUGUUUCAAAACACAGAGUCACAAAGGAGGAAGAAUUUCUGCUUCUUGAAAAGAGAGAACCAAUACUUGUCACCAGAGGCUGGCUCACUGUUAUCUUUUCUUUCCUCAUGGGGUAAUUCAAAAGCACACUGCAAAUGUAAACAUAUCUUUGAGACAUAGAUAUUCCUUGUAAAGCAGCCAAACAUGUAUGUUUUUUCUAUCAGUUAUUAAAAGACUAUUCUAUGAGAUUAAUAAUUGAAGAUUUGUGAAUUGUAUUGAUAUUUCUCUGAUAUUUCGAUGUAUGUUGUUGCCACUCCUCUUGACACAUUGCAUUUUAGAUUGCCUUUGACUCAAAUCCGGACAAAAAGCACACUUUACUCUAAAAGCUGCCUAACUUUUUUUUUUUUUUUUUUAAUUUUUUGGGAUUGUUUACAGUUCACAUUAUGCAGAAAAAACACAGAUGGAACAAACAUAUUUUAUUUUAUAUGUGCAGAAUCUGUUACUCAAUGAAACUGAUGAUAUAAAGCCAUUUCCUCUGUUUGAGUUAUUUAUUCAUGCUCUGUGAAUUCCUGUUAUUUUUUAUGAAAGUGCCGUUCAACGUGAGCUGCUCAUUGCUCAGAAAAUAUACCAUUCCUCACUCAUUGCUAUUGUAUAGUGUUCAUGUGAAAUGGAUCUUAAUAUGUGUACAGAACGUGGAUAAAGAUGAAAAUACACUUGAUUAUAUACUUUGUA